CCAAUCGGCCUGUUAGCAAGUAGGCCCUAGUUGAUGUACCUGAUGGGCUGUCUCAUGAGGCCUCGGGCGCCCGGUAGUUUUUCCCCGUCGGCUCGGCUAUUUAAAUCAAGUCUAGUGGAGGCACAGCUGCGCAGUCCAGCACCCAAAGCAAGCACUACUCCAGAGAGCACCCAAAGCAAAGCCCAAGGAAGAAGAGGACGAGCGCGAGAGAGAAACCCAUCCCAGCCAGCCCAAGGAGGCAAGGAUCAUGGCCCGAUGGACCCUCCGACUUCUCCUCUGGGUCCUCGCGUUCGGGGUGAUUCUGAGCCAGCUCCUCCGCUACGCCACCAUCUUCGCGCUCGCCUUCGGGUUCGGGGACGGUUCGCGGAGGAGGACGCUCUCGUCCGCAUCGUCGCUGCCGCCGCCGUGGCGGCCUUCUUCCUCGCCUAUUUCCGCUGAGCGGAGUCGCCGGCAGCGGCGGCGGCUUCCUCCACCGCGCCGCGCGCCGCCGGGCUCCUCGACGAGGGGGAUGGCGGUGGGAACGCGUCUCCCCGCGCCACCGACGAAGGCGCAGCAGAGGCAGCGGGGAAUCGGAUGCGGCGGCGCUAGUUGCAGCGGUGGUGGCGCCUCCUCUUCGCCGCGGGGGAUGACGGUGGCGGCGGGGCCGCGUCUCGCCAUGCAGCAGACGUCGACGAUCCUCGCGCCUCCGAUGACGGCAAAGCAGAAGCAGCAGGGGAUCGGGUUCGGCGGCGCUGUGGCGCCUCCUCCUUCGCCGCGGGGGACGCCGAUGGCGGCGGGGCCGCGUCUCGCCAUGCAGAAGCCGUCGACGAUCCUCGCGCCGCCGCUGACAACACAGCAGAAGCAGCAGGGGACCGGGUUCGGCAGCGCUGUGGCGCCUCCUCCUUCGCCGCGGGGGAUUCCGAUGGUGGCGGGGCCGCGUCCUGCCUCGCAGAGCAAGCGGAAGAAGCCGAACGUCGCGCCGCCGCAGCAGCAGAAGAUUCAGGGCUUCGGCGGGGCCGGGGCUGGAGCUGGACCGGUGCCGGUGUCUUCCUCGGCGCGCGCGAUGGCGGCGGUGGCGGAGAAGGCGGCAGCUGCAGAGACUGAGGAUGAGGCGCGGGCGAGGGAGCGCGCGGCGGCGGAGCAGAUCGCGCACGAAGACGCGCGGAAGGACUUCGUGACGCCCUUGGCUUCCGUCGAGGACGCCAUCAGCAGGCUGAAGGAUCUGAAGGAGGAGUAGCAGAAGGAGGCGGCGGCGCUGCAGCGGCAGCUCAUGCUAGAGCAACAGCAACAGAUCAUGGCGCGGCGCCGCAGCCGUUGAGGUAGUAGCACAGUACGCUUGCUAGAGCUUCGUGAUUCGUGCUAGAUUACAUUGACCUGAUUUCCUUUGCCAUGCGCGAUCGUUUUUUUGUUGGUGUUGGCUAUUCGUGACUCUGUUCUGAUCGAUAGCGAGUGAAUUGUGCAAUUGCCUGAUUCGUGGCUCUGUGCAUUUGGCAUGUGAACUGUGAACUUGAUUCUUUCGAUUGACAAGACCGAAGUUUGGUUUUUGAAAAUCUUUGAACUGGUGCUGGAGUCGUCGUUC